CUUGGUUUCAGUGAAUUAGUUCAAAUUAUAUACAUUUCACAUCACGUAGUGGUUUGAAUUUUUUUGGGGGUCAUAACUUAUAAAUGCAAUACAAAUGGUAAUAACUAAUAAGAGUCCAAAUUAACAAUAUACAAAAGUUUGAGGAUCAAAAGGAAAGCGUGUGUUGAUAAUAAGGCUAUAUUUGUUAUUGCAAGAAGAGAAAACUUUCCACAUUUUGCUCAAACAUGUUCCAUCUUCAAGUUAGCAAGAGGUUUCUGCCUAUACUGAAAUCCAAAAAGCAGAGUACCCAUGAAAACCCAAACUCCACCGGCAAUAUGGUCAAAUCUUCAUCCGUCAUUCGCCUCCUAUUCUUGCUCUUCAUAACAGUUUCGAUCCAAGCCCUUUUCAUUGUACUGAAGAUUCGAGAUUCCGGCGGCCGUGGAUCUCAGCAGCAGCUGCAGAGGUCGGCGGGAAACUUUCCGGCUGAGCGCAAAGGAUGCGAGAACGGCUUGGUUUAUAUGUACGAACUUCCUCCGAUGUUCAACAAGGAGCUGCUAGACAAGUGCGAUGAGUUGGAUCCUUGGGGUUCCCGGUGUCCGGCGGUUUCCAACAACGGGCUUGGCCCGAGAGCGACCAACCUCGCCGGAGUUGUGCCGGCGAAUCUCACCCCGGCUUGGUAUCAGACCGACAAGUACACUUCUGAGGUGAUUUAUCACGCCAGGAUGAUGGAUUAUGAAUGCCGGACGGAGGUGCUGGAAGAGGCCACCGCGUUUUACGUUCCGUUUUAUCCCGGAUUGGCAAUCUGGAAGUACUUGAACUCCAAUUACACGGCGAAAGACCGGGACCGGCCCGCCGAGAUGUUGCUGGAUUGGCUUCAGAGUCAGCCCUCUUGGAGGAAGCGAAACGGGGCGGAUCACUUCUUGGUUCUGGGAAGAUUAACUUGGGAUUUUCGCCGGAGUCAGGAUUCCGACUGGGGAUCUAGUCUAAUUUACAUGCCGGCGAUGCAAAACGUGAUGAAAAUCGCCGUGGAAAGGUACCCCUGGGAUGAACUGGAAUUCAGUGUUCCGUAUCCGACAGCAUUUCAUCCUAGAUCCAGAUCCGAUAUUGAAGAAUGGCAAAGGUAUAUCCGAUCCAGGACCCGAAAAAGCUUGUUCAGCAUCGUGGGCAAGCCCCGGAAGAACGAUUUUGGAAGUCUCCUAAUGGACAAUUGCAAGACUGAAUCCAGAUCUUGCAAAUUCGUCGAUUGUUCAGUGAAGAGAUGCUCGGGAACAGAACCGGGGGUUUUGGAAACGUAUCUGGAUUCGAAUUUUUGCUUGCAGCCAAAAGGAGAUACUUCAACUAAGAGGGCAUUCUUUGAUUGUAUGGUGGCUGGUUCAAUCCCUGUUUUCUUCUCGGAGUUCAGCUUCAAUGGUCAGUAUGAGUGGCAUUUGCCAUUGAUUGGUGAGAGUUACUCUGUGUUCAUUGACUCUAAAGAUGUGGAAAGUGGUAAAGUUUCGAUUAGAAAUAGGCUUGAGGAGAUUAGUGAAGAGAAGGUUAGGAAAAUGAGGGAAACCAUCAUUGAAUUCCUGCCCAAAAUUUUGUAUGCAGAAUCUAAACAGGGUUUAGGUAACCUUAAAGAUGCUUUCGAAAUUACCAUUGAAAGAGUAGUGAAAAAGGUACGAUGGGAAUUGAAAAAGAAGCCAUCUUUGUUGUUGUAGUAGUUUGUGAGAGUUUUGAGAGUUACCCCCAGUAAAAAAUAACUGGAAUUCUUUGAAGAAAGUGAUUUUUACAACAUUCUUUGUUUUCCUUUCACUGUUGUUGUGUUAUUAAUGUGCGUCUGCUAUCAUCAUUAUUAUUUCGCU